CACUGAAACAGCGCCAAAUUCGGUCACACCUUUGUUUUUAUUUUGCCAAAACAAUUAAUACCGUUUAACAUAAUAUGUUUAAGACUGUUUUUAAGCAAUACAAGGUGAAAAGCACAAGCCCAGACCUCAGCGAAGUGGUUAGUUUUGAUGAAAUUGACGACAACCCGGAGAAGGAUAGUAAAGCACAGCGUAUAAGCUUCAAUAAUGAAGACACCAACUGGUCUGAGUUUCCUGGACUAAAAAGCCCACGUGCGUGGCGAACUUUUGUCCUUAAAAGUCAUCCCGGCUUGCUGGUGAUACGAAAUCCCUUCACCGAUCAUGGCCAGCGUUAUUGGAUAGCUCGGUGCCUGCGCGACUACCCAAGGGCGCCUAACAUUGUCAAUCUGAAUGAAAGGCUUUUCGACGACUCCGUCAGAUGCGACUGGUGGAAGGAGCUCCAGGAAUGCAAAGAUCCCUCAGAAAGGCAUCGUAUCAAGGCUGCCAUGCGCUGGACAACUUUGGGCUACCAUCACGAUUGGGACACCAAGAUCUACAAUGAGCACUCCAAGUCCCCGUUCCCGGAGGAUUUGAGCAGGCUCUGCCAAUUGUUUUCGUCCUAUUUGGGGUAUCAGGACUUUAGGUCAGAGGCCGCCAUUGUCAACUACUACCCAUUGGGAAGCAGCCUAUCGGGCCACACAGAUCACUCUGAACCAAAUCACUUAGCCCCCUUGUUUUCCUUCAGUUUUGGACAAACAGCGAUUUUCCUCAUCGGCGGAAGAACUCUGGAGGAGAAACCCACUGCUAUAUACCUGGAGAGCGGCGAUGUCUUAGUAAUGUCCGGAGAAUCCCGUCUCUGUUACCACGCAGUUCCUCGAAUUAUUCAAACAACGAAUAUGUCGACGGAUAGUCUUCCAAAUGAAUCUAAAUUGGAAAAUUUCAAAUUUUUGGACAUUGAUUUAUUCGAACAAGUGGCAGAUUCCAAUUAUUGGCAGCCCUUUUGUAGUUAUAUCGCCGAUUCGCGUAUAAAUAUUAACGUGCGGCAAGUCCUAAAACCAGGUGAUUUAAAAUUAAACUAGAUUUAAGCUGUAUUUUGUUAUUUAUUUUAUUUAAGAGUUAUUUUGUCUGAUACAAUUGUACAAAAAAUAAAUAUAUUCUUUUUUAAAAUAUAAUAAGGAUUAAAUAGUCUUUAUUACAAUUUAGCUGGCAUUAUUACAAUGAAACUUUGUUUAAAUUAAAUUUAAAUAAUUUAAAUUAAAAAAUACUUGACAGGUAUUUACUUAUGCGGCUGGGCACACUGUCACCGUAACCGAUACGAACCGAUAACUCAAAGUAAAAUGUAAAAAGUCGCAACGACUGUAAAUUUUCUCACACGAUUCGGCACGAGUAGGUACUCUCACGAGUUCGUGAAACAGCUGCUGGCUGCGUGUAUGUGUGCAGAAACUGAAACCGAAACAGAAAAAACGCGAAAAGUCACUGAAAUAUAGAUAGAAAAAAAGCGAAAACCGGCCGAGUUCCUAUUUAAUAUCAUUUCGCAGCCAGAGCGCAAAAGUGGCCAAAAUUCGGCGAAAACAGCGCAAGUGUGAUAAAGCGUUCGUGCCAUCGCAGCCGUGCACAAAACGAACGAAAACAAAAGAGAAUAGUGUUGACAGCAAUACGAGCGUUUUGAGCAGUGCCAGCAGCAGCAGCACCUAUAGCAGCGGCAGUGCAGUCGUUGCGGGCAUCGGCGUAGGCGUAGGCAACAACAAGCGUCCGGGGGCGGGAGUGGGCCGGGGAACGGCCGCGAAUGAAACGGUAGCUUCUUCAGCCCCAACACCAACACCAGCAACAACAACAACAACAGGAGCA